GUCUCGUCAAAGCACCUUACUGUGGCUUGUCCCCGCUUUGACAAGAUGCUGUCAGGAGACUGGAUGGAAGCGAAGCAGAUCUACCUAGAUGGCUGCCGUCACGUGGACUUGGAAGGAAAUUUCGACCCCGCGGCACUCGGCAUCCUGCUGAAUGUUCUUCACGGGAAGACACGCAUUAUUCCGAAAACCCUCGACCUCGACAUGCUGACCAAGGUGGCAGUUCUGGUGGACGACUUUGGGUGCAACGAAGCAAUUCAGAUCUGGUCGGACUUGUGGAUUCAAAAGCUGGAAAUCGAAUUACCCAUGGUAUCGGAAGCGGCCAGUGAGGAGUAUCUCAAGAACUGGAUCGUGAUUUCUGCCGUCUUUGGAAAACCCUCCGUGUUCCGAAAAGCCACGCAGUUGGUACUCCUACAUGGCUCGGACUCGAUUAACUCAUCAGGCCUCCCAAUACCAGCCACCGUGGACGAAAGUAUCAACAGCAAGAGGAUCGACUUGAUCCAACAGCUUUUGGAUGUGUUGUACAACCUAAUUGACACCUUGAAUGGAAACGACGGUCUGUACAGCGGGGAACACAGGUGUGUACUGCUUGGUGCUUUGCUCCGGCAGAUGACCGAAAAGGGGAUUCCCUGGACUCGACCCGACGCACCGUUCUCUGGCUUCAGCUUUGAACAUCUAGCCAAAUGCAUCAUUGAAUUUUGGACACCA